AUGGAGAAUCUUCCUAGCAUCCUUCCCUCUGCGGCUGAGUAUCAACAGCUUGAAACCACCUAUGGUAUUUCUCCUUUGGGAGGCAUGGAGUUUCCCUCACAUGGUUCUUUUAUCUCAUCCCCUCCCCCCGGAAAAAUCGGGAUUUACCAGAAAACCCUAGAUGCUGGUGUUCGUCUUCCACUGACUGAUUUCCAGGAGGAAGUUCUCCAGAAGGAAGGUUGCAGUCUUCAGAUGCUAACUCCAAAUGUUGUAAAUAAAUUGGUGGUGUUUGAGAUGAUCUAUCAUGCGAAUAACUACCUCCUUGAUUACUUUGUGUUCAAGUGUUUCUUCAGGUUUUGCCUCACCGGUGACAAGUGUACAUUCUUAGUUCCGCAAAGGGGACAUGUGGUGGCGUGUAUGAGGUUAUCAGUGGAUUCCCCACUUUGGAUACAGCCUCAGCCUAAAGAUAUUGUGGUAAGUUCGCAUGUGCCAACAUAG